CGUUGGUUGUUUGGCGCGAGCGGGGAGGAAAGGCCACGGCGUGGGGCGGGCCGCCGUUCGCUUGGCUUGUGUUGGGCUGACAUCUUUGCUGUGACUCUCUGCUGCAUGCGGCUGCUAUAAGGGCCGGCCACCGCCGCCGCCUCGACGACUCUCAUCAUCCCCGUCCGUCUGUCUUCUGUUUUCUCUUUUCUAUAAUUCUGAGAUACCCUUUGGUUUUGCGUUCUCUCUCUCCUUGCUUGGUUGUUUACCGCUAUCCGCAUUCUUCCAAACCACGCUCUCAUCUCAUCUCCCGCGUGCACUUUCGUCAUUCCGGCACUGCUGCCAUAAUCCCGCCUCGACAUACUUAGAGAGCGCGCAUCCUAAUCGCCUGUGCGACCACCGCCAACCAACCAACCCUACAAAACCAGGCGGCCACCGACCGACAGUUACCAUCACCACCACCCAACAACAACAACCAUGUCUUUCCGCCGGCACGCCCUAGCAGGGCUUCUUCUCUUCCUCCAGCUCAGCAGCACCGCUACGGCUCUCCCUCUUCCCACCUCCACACUCGCCAUCCACGCAGCAUCAACCCCCAGCCCCCUCGCAGGCGGCUACGCGCCCGCACGCGCCUACCCUGCCGCGCCCGCGCUGGCACUACCGCCCACUCACGUCGAGGGUGGCGUCGCUCCCGCGUCGGCCGGACGCGCUAGCAACGGUCGGGACAGCGCGAACCGCGCAUUCGUCGAGGAAAUGGCGAGCGAGGGCGCCGGGGGAUGGUGGCUGGGCGAGCCGGAGCGGCACGUUGCUGCUCUGAGGAUCGUAGUCGCGGUGCUGGUGCUUCUGUGCAUGGUUGAGGUUGCGGGCGACGUUGUUGAUGCUUGCAGGAGGGCACGCAAGUGGCUGGCCGCAAGAUUCGAGGCUGAGAAGGCGGCGCGCGGCAGCGCGAGGUGGAGCACUAGGGGCGCGAUCCGGUUGAGGGGCGACGAGCUCGCGUGGUGGCAGACUGAGGGCGGAAGCCCGCUGGAGAGCAUCCCUGAAGAGGAGGAAGAAGACGAGAAGAAGACGUUUGUGGUCAUCAGCGUGACAGAGGUCGACGCGGACGAGGACGUGGAUCUCGAGAGCGGCACGGCCGCCGUAUUGAGCGAGAAGAGCGCGGCGAGUGCAUAAAGAGCGCGGCUGGUCCCGCCUCUUUUGCUUCGCUAUCAUAUUGGGUUGGGAUUUGGGAUUGGGAAAAAAGGGUAAAAAGAGGCCGCCAUGGACUGGCUGUCCCACUACUCUCUUCUGCUUCUGUUCUUCUUCUGUUCACGGUUACAUGGCCACGGCCGCCGUUUCACGAUUUCCUUUACGUUCAUGUUUAUUUUUAUGUUGGCGGCGAUAUACCACGGAUCACAGGAUGGAAAUGGGACGCAUCUGCUUCAGAGCCGCCACUCGUCCAACGCAGGCGAGCGAGCUGGUAAAAACCUAAACAAAUACACCUACCUACUACCAUGUUUCCGUCUCCUGCCUUUUGUUUUUUUGUCGUCGGCAUGGCCUUGCAACGUUCGUCACUGCUAAACCGAGAUGCACCGUAUAGCGAGACAGAGAGCGAUACAAGCAGUCCGUACGGAGUACUCGCCUAGUUCCCAGCCCGAGUCCUAGGUAUGGGUG